AGAAGAAAGCGCGCGAGGAGAAUAGGUCUUCGGAUUCGGCAAGCCAGCCUAGAUCACUCGUCGCCUCGGUUGUACGUAUAGCGCCGACCACCGAUGGAUCCUGAGCAGCCUUCACACACGGCCGAGACCCCGGUGCGGAGGAAGAUGGCGAGGGGCAGGAAGAUAAAAGCGCCCAAGACGCCCCAAGGCGCGGAGGAACAUAGCGCGGCUGCCGCGGCAAUCGCCCCAAGAGACUCGCCCCGGGUCGGCGAGGUUUCCGAGCACGGCAGGGACGAAGACGCUCGUCACCGAAGAGAAGACGGGCCGCGAGAUGACGCGACGCCUUUUGGGCGUUCCCAGCACGUCCUCGAUGACAGCGCAGGCGGCACCGACGUGCCGAGGCCAGCCGUCAAGGCGUCCUCGUGUCCGGCAACCUCCGUCGGGCCGGGGACUGGAGAAACGGGAUCGCUCAAGGAGCACGCAGCGCCGGACGCACCGCACUACCACAACCCCGGCGCUGCGACACUGGAUGGGCCUUCCAGGUUACAUAUGACAGGCCUGACCUUGAGCAGGACAGCGGCGCGUUCGUCGCGAAGCAGCACGGCCGACGGACCUCGCGCGGGCCGAGGCGGGAACCGAGUGUCGCCCGUGAUGCCCAGCACGGAGCUGAGCGCGGCCAGGUCGGCGACGGGCCCAGACAGCGGCCACAGGCAGGCGCCGCAGGGCCACUUCCAGCCCAUACCCGUAAAUCCACGGCCGACGCUGCAACCGUUCGCUAUGGUCAUCAUCGGCGCGCACAUAACAACCUCCAUCGGAGCGACCCUGCUCAUGGCGGUGCUCUUCGCCAAGAGGUCCGCUCCCGCCGGAGACGUGUGCCAGUCGCACGAGUGCCGCGAGUACGCGAAGCUGCUGCUGUCUUCCGUCGACACCACGGUCAGUCCCUGCCACAACUUCACGCGCUUUGUGUGCGGUCGCUGGGAACGCAACAGCGAGCUGAGUGUGCGCGAGACUCUGUACGUGCGAGCUGUGGAACGCAUGAGGCGGCACCUGUUCGACAUCGAGGUGCCUUCCUCGGGACAGAACAGCGUCCAGAGGGCCGCCGCUGUGUAUCGCAGCUGCGUGAACGUGCUGCGGGGCCACGCGGACGAAGUCGUCUCUGUCAAGCGGGCUCUGACCGAGGCUGGCAUCGCAUGGCCUAGGCAUUCGGAUCCCGCCGAUGUAGACCUGGUGCACACGCUCCUGUACGCCUCGUUGAGGCUCGGCUGGGACGUCAUCCUGCGCCUAACGCCUCGCUUGUCCGAAGAGCGCACGACGCUGCUGGUGAACCCCGGCAGGGCUUUCCGGCACCUUGUACAGCGGCGACCGAGCGAGGGCGCGGCCUUCGACACCUACUUCAACACACUAAGAAAAGCUUUUGGAAACGGCGACCACGGCGAGGCUAACGUUGCGGAAACUCUGCUCGUCGAGGACAUCAUUCGCCGCAACCUGACGACGUCCUACUCGCUUCGGACUCCGCGCCAAGUGCUGUCCGAAGCGACGUACUUCCCGCUCGCAGGACAUCGCUGGAAGGCCGCCCUCAGCAACCUGACGUUGCAUGUGCGCAACUUGGAAUUCGUGACGACGGCGCACGACUACGUGGUCGAAUUCUUCAGCGUCUGGGAGUCUAUGGGUGAAACGCAGGCGCACUAUUUGACCUCUUGGGCCGUGGUACAGGUGGCUGCCCUGUACGCCAGCCGCGAGCUGAUCGUCAACUUCCACCGCGGCAGCGCGAGACGGGCGGUGGCCUACCACGGCGCGUUUUGCGUCGGCGCCGCGUACGCCUUUUCUCGCCGAGCCGUGUUUCUCCGUUACAUGGAAGAGGUGAUGCGAGGCAGCACCCGCGCGGACGCGGAGCGCGUGGCCAAUCACGUGGUCGAGGCGCUCUUCCGCCGCCUCGUUUCGUGGCCGCUCUACCGUGAGGGCGUCCAGUUCGUCGCCGACUGGUCGGCGCUGUCGCGGGACUUGCUCGGCUUCGACGCCGAAGACCGAACGCCCGGAAUCGUUGGCUACGACAUGACGACAGACUCGUUCGUCGAAAAUUGGCGAAAGUCGACGCUGCUUCCGGAGAGCGCGAGCGACUCGACGGUCAUCGAGGCCAUUGACUCGGUCGCGCUGCUGGCACUUUUCCACGAGACGCGCACCUUCCAGCUCUUGCCCGUGGCUCUGUCGUUUCCCAUCUUCGACGUCAGCCUCGUGACUGCGGUAAAUUUCGGCGGACUUGGCGGCCAGGUCGCUUCGGCAUUGGGACAGCUCCUGGUUGAGGCGUACAGCACAGACGACGUCGGUUUUGACACCGUUGGUCGUUUCCGGAAUAUGAUGGUGUGCGUGGCGGCGGAAUCCAGCCAGCUGCACGCCAAGGCCACCGCAGCCAUGGCUGUCACGGCGGCCGCGCUCUUCGACGCCUACGUGGACGACGAUCCUCUGCCCGUGCUUCUGCCAGGCCUGGAGCGCUUCACCGGAGCCCAGCUCCUGUUUGUGUCCCUCUGCUUCGCGCUCUGUGAGAAUGGUCGCAUCGGCUCGGGCAUUUGCGAUGCGGCACUUCGCAACGUCGCGGCAUUCGCCGAUGCCUUCCGGUGUGCCCCGGACGCGCCCAUGAACCCGCCGGAACGCUGCCAAGUGCCUUGACCGUGGCCUUAACUCAACGUGAUCGUGCACGCAGCGGCAAGUGUCUCACUCCAUAGUGUCUCACCUUUGCUUUUACCGAUCGCCGCACCCUGCACUGCACGUUUUUUAUUUAUUUGCAUAUUGUAACUGACUCCGAAGUGUUAUUUCCUCGUUUACCGCGUUGCCUGCAGAGACAACGUCAUUAGUGAGAGUGCCUACCUCGUAAGUGCUUUUUUUAAUGAACUGCACAUUACGCUUACCAGGCUUUCUCAGAUCAAUUUAAGCGCCAAUUGUGUCGUUGAAUUCGUAUGCUCCGAGUACAUGGGUAACAAAAGCUUACGUCGCAAUGGAGUCCUACACAUUUAUUCGAGGAGUGCCUGCUCGUGCCCACCCACGGCCGUUUAUCAACUCGUACUGUAUCUCGUUCGUUUAUCAAUUCGUACUGUAGGAUGACUUAGGUUGACCGGUUCCUUCAGAAGCAUCAGCCGUUAAAGGAGGCUGUGACAUGCUGCGUAGUUGAUGGGGAACUGGUACGCCCAAGUGUAGAAAGAAAGCGGUCUUGAGGCCUUCGUAUACACGUGGGGAUUUGUCGCUUGAGAAGCAGCUAUCUCCAGAGCUGCGACGACACGCCACCGGCGUACAACUGUGCGUCUACCUGCGCGAAUCGCACGGUAUAUGACUGUGGGAACGGCAGGAUCACAGUUGCAAACGCCAAGGGUUGUCUAUCUUCGGCAGGCGCCGCUGUUGUUCCUGCUGGUCCAUAGCUGCGGGCGGGGCUUGAGUCGCUGGCGGGGCCGAGCCGGUUCUUGUUCGCGUUCUAAUUAUCAAGUUCUGGUUUCCAUUUAGGUUCCGGCUGAGGUGCGAUGAGCGGCCAGAUUUAUUCAGAAAGCUAGCCUGGCCAUGGAAGCGGACGCACUGAACCCAGCCGAGGAAUCGGCGAAUAUCGCGACCGUCUAGCCGGACGCCGAGCGUGUUCUCCACCGUGUGCAGGGCAAACUGUCUUCAUGGCUACCACACACACUAGCAGUGGCGCUACAGGUUCAUAGCGACUUUUCAACAUGGUGACUUUACACUUGCUAGCUGUACGGGAUUAUGCUAAACACACCGUGUCGUUCUCCGCGUUCAAAGUAGCUAGUUAUUGUGGCUUACGCAUUAGGGCUCUGCGAAAAGGACUCACUUAGGACUCACUAAAAGCGCAUUGUUGCGGGAAUGUAAACAGUUUUUGUCGUGCGCGUUCUUGUGUGAACUUCGUUAGUUUUAGUGAUCAUCGCACAUAUUUCGUACCCGUCAUCAAGCUUGUGUACUAGAUGACUGCACUGAUAUUGUGAGAGAACUGCCAAGCAACCGGACGGCUUGUUGCGAAAUGAUACGAGCUUGCUGUUCACCGUAUACGUGGCAUUCAACCACUCCGGUAGCGAAGCUAUUCUACAGGAAGACACGCUGAGAAAAUGACAGUCAUAUCAGGCGUGUGUGUGUUGCCGUGCAAGUAAUUUCUCGGUUUCUCGGUGAAUCAUUCAAGAACAAAGAAGCAACCCUGCAUAUGUGAGCUUGACUCGAAGAGCUUGACUUUUCCAUGUGCUACCGUAGCAUAACUGAACAAAAUACACUAACACGGAAAUUAAUUACUGCGCCGUUCAAUGUGGCUUGCGCACCACGUGAUGGCGUUGCAAAUGACAUUGCCUAAAUAGUUUUAUCAGCAACGGUUUUAUUUAUAGCGCUUCGGAAAAGAGAGAGUGGAAAGACGUCUUUAUUGAAAAGUCCCUGCUGGGUUCGGAAGGAAAAGAAAAUAUCGGGGAGCGCUGUCCUCCACACCACUAAACAGGACGUGGAGAACGCUGGCACACAACUUGUCUUCAACAGUUGAACACCAGCGUCCUCCCUGUCCUGUUCUCUUCUACUCUCCGAUUUCUUUGUUUCUUUCGAAGCACUGGAAAUGCAUCAUUUAUCAGAUAUCCAACUAGCAUAGCUUUCUGCCAUUAGUUCUGCGGAAUGCCAUAUGGAAUAGCAAGUGUGCUAUUGCACGUUGCCAUGGCUGCUCUCACCGAAGUGGCAUAUACAGCGGAAUAACAACGCAAGUUCGUUCUUGCUUACCGACUUAGCUGACUUAAAUAUAUAUAGAAAGGCAUGUCGUUUAUAGUUUCUGUAAUUAAACCGGAAUACAGUGUCGCGUGUGUCGCAGUCGAUAUUUUGCAGCGAAGCUGAAUAUGGCUAUGGUUCCGCGCAUUUUUGUUCUCUGUGAAGAAAAACUAUCGUCAUCAAUGGCUCAUACGCCCGUAAGCAUUCAUUUUCCCGUAAGCAAGCAAAAAAUAAAUAAUGAAAUAGUUUUUUCUUUA